CCUCCCGGUACUUGGUAUAACUGAACUCUGCUUCUUGUUUGCUAGUAUGCCGACGGACUUCUCCAAAGGAAAUAUUGACUUUUCACACAAUGGAAGGCAGAACAGGCCCCAACAGGGCCCAAAGGUUCUCUUCUCCUGCCAUAUUGAUCAAUGAUCAUCCGCGGAAUCCUCGAUUCCAACCUAUCUUUAUCCCAGAGAGACGUCUCGCAAUCAAAGAAGACGAGGAGUUCGAGCUUGAUCCGUACGAAAGCUUCUAUAACAUCGAUACGUACAGGAGCAACAGGUCCCGAAGAACUUCGCACUCAAGAUGGCGGCGAAGCAGCACCCUUCUGUCGCUAUCACAACAGCCAGGGAAAACGGCCAGAAAAUCGUACCUCUCUACAGCGUCCAAUGCCUCGUACUUUUCCACGUUUGCCUCGAAGAUGUAUCGGCCGCUUAGCUUUAACGGAAGCAUCUGGGUGAAGGAUCCCGACGACAUCGUGCUCAAGUUCGAAAUUGGAGAGGACCCGGACGAGAAACUGCAAAGCUUCGAUCCUUCCAACCAUUCGUGGUCACGAAGCAAGAAGAAGCGCUUCGUCUAUCUCGUCUCGCUGGCCGCGAUGUUCUCGCCGCUGUCAUCAAACAUCUACUUCCCGGCACUGAAUGCGAUUUCUGCCGCGCUGAACACAAGCAUCGGUUUGAUCUCAUUGUCGAUCACAGUCUACAUGCUCGUUCAAGGCAUCGCGCCCAGUUUCUGGGGACCGUUGGCGGACAGUUAUGGACGAAGGCCAAUUUUUCUUGCCACGUUGAUGGUUUACGUGAUCGCCAAUGCAGUUCUAUCGCUUCCAGGAGGUUAUGCGGUGCUCAUGUUUUUUCGCGGAUUACAGGCAGCAGGCUCUGCUUCGACCAUAGCGAUUGGCGCGGGCGUUAUCGGUGACAUUGCUGAUGCUGACGAGCGAGGAGGCUUCAUGGGGCUUUUCGGCGGAAUUCGCAUGUUUGGUCAAGCCGUCGGCCCGGUAUUUGGCGGCGCGUUGUCACAAUAUCUCGGAUUUCGCUCAAUUUUCUUCUUUUUGACUGGCCUUUCGGCAGCUGUUAUUAUCCUGCUCAUAACAUACCUUCCGGAAACCCAACGCAAAAUUGCAGGAGAUGGUACCAGGCGGCUGUAUGGCAUCUACAGACCUCUUCUCGGAGCCCCAAAGGGCCCGGAAAUCCCUCCAGAAGAACGAUACAAACCUAGCAAGAUGUCCUUCGCAAUAUUGCUCGAGUCUUUUAAGCUACUGGCAGAGAAGGAUGUUGCAAUAUCUUUGCUUUUUGGUGGCGUAAUCUACACCGUCUGGUCAAUGAUAACUUCGAGCACUGCCUCUCUAUUCAAGGAAGAGUACCAUCUGAAUGAGGUCCUGAUUGGACUAGCCUUUCUUCCGAACGGUAAGAUUACCUGUCCAUGUUUGGGACUUAAACUGACCAUCGCUAAUCAGGCCUGGGAUGCGUUCUCGGCUCUUUGA